CUGGGUGGGUGCAGCCGACUGUAAAUACAGCGGAUUCCCAGUCCCCAUCUCUAGGAGGCUCCGGCUGUCUCGAGUGUGUAGCUGUGCGAAGAGGCUGCCUGGUUUCUGAGGUGGGUGGUGGGGUUUCCUCUGUAGCCUGGAGAGCUGGGGCGUUCGUGAAUGGACAGUUUCGGGAGCUCCUUCUUGGCGAGCUGAUCUGAAAAGUCCCACCCUUGUUCAAUGGAUGAUGGCAUUUGAGCAGACACUGAAAAAAGAUUGGUACAGCGUUCUGGGGGCAGACCCAUCUGCAAAUAUGUCAGACCUAAAACAAAAGUAUCAAAAACUCCUGUUAAUGUAUCAUCCAGAUAAACAAAGUACAGAUGUGCCAGCAGGAAGACUGGAGGAAUGUAUACAGAAGUUCAUUGAAAUUGAUCAGGCAUGGAAAAUUCUAGGGAAUGAAGAGACAAAAAAAGAGUAUGACUUGCAGCGGCAUGAAGACGAUCUAAGAAAUAUGGGACCAGUAGAUGCUCAAGUACAUCUUGAAGAAAUGUCUUGGAACGAAGAUGAUCACUCUUUUUCACUAAGUUGCCGAUGUGGUGGAAAAUACAGUGUUUCCAAGGAUGAAGCAGAAGUUGUGAACUUGAUUUCUUGUGAUACAUGUUCACUAAUUAUAGAACUCCUCCAUUAUAGCUAAAAUUGUUCACUACUUGGAAUCCUUUAACUGUGAAUUCAGACAUGAUGAGGAGAGGCCAUUCCAGCUUUGUCCAUUCAAGGAAGUGGAUUCUUUUUUUGUCAGCCCUAUUAUUUGCAAAGAAAAUAUAAGAUUGUCAAGCAGAGGCCUCAGAUUAAUAAAAAAAUUAACUUAGUUAUUCAUAUGUAUUUAUGAUUUAUAUUUACAGGUUGCCACAAAAAGGACUUGAACUGUAAAUUACAUUUAGUGAAUUCCCAUUUGUGAAUUUUAUUAUUGUUUCCUCCUUGGUACAAAAUAAGAAUUUUCUUUUUCCUAAUAUAA